GUUCCUGAUCUGGCUGCCGACUGGCCAGAAAUUAUUCUCCGCAACAAAAUCCAAACCCAAGUCAUAGUCCAUUUACGGUCAUUCCCAGGUUAUAAUUAUCAAAUCCCAAUUCAAAUUUACAAAAAAGACAUCAUGAUUCGCCUUCCUUGAUCACCGUAAGAUUGGAGGGAACAAACAAAGAACCAGAGGCAAACAUGGAGAGCAUAAUACCCACAUGGCAGGUCUCGUUUUUGUGUGGGAUUUUGACAUGGAUCGUUGUAUCUUCGAUGUUUAAUGUGACCCAGAAGAUUAGAUCUUCGAUACAACCAUGGGUUUCUCGUCAUGUAAUCUCCGGUACUCCUGCGAUUCUUCAGAUCCAGAAAUACCAGCGUGGUUCUUUGGAUGCUUUCUUCUCUGGGUUAUCUUGUGUUGUUUCUGUGCCUUUUUAUACUGGCUUUCUUCCCUUGCUAUUUUGGAGUGGACAUGGGAAAUUAGCAAGGCAAAUGACGCUUUUGAUGGCAUUCUGUGAUUAUUCAGGGAAUUGUAUAAAGGAUGUGGUGUCGGCUCCUAGACCCAAAUCACCACCCGUUAGGAUACUAACUGCCACUAAAGAUGAGAAAGAAAAUGCAUUGGAAUAUGGAUUGCCAUCUUCUCACACUCUUAACACAGUCUGUUUAUCUGGGUACCUCUUGCACUAUGUCUUCUCAUGCCUCGAGAAUACAGAUGCAUCCUAUCGAGUAGCAUCAUUUUUAUUUGUUUGCUUGCUCGUAGGCCUUAUUGGCUUUGGAAGAAUAUAUCUUGGCAUGCAUAGUGUGAUCGACAUCAUUGGUGGUCUUGUUCUUGGAUUGACAAUUCUUGCAUUUUGGCUUCAUCUUCAUGAAAGCAUCGACAAUUUUGUAAUUUUAGGACAAAACGUUACAACCUUUUGGAUUGCUCUUAGCUUCUUAUUGCUCUUUGCAUACCCAACACCCGAGCAUCCAACUCCAAGUUUCGAGUAUCACACGGCCUUCACGGGCGUGGCACUGGGAAUCGUAACCGGUGUGCAACAGACUUACCAUCAAUUCCACCACGAAAAAGUAGCACGUGUAUUCACACCCGAACUCACGAUCCCAGCCUUUGCAGGGAGAGUUCUGGUCGGUAUCCCGACAAUCCUGCUCGUCAAGUUCUGCAGCAAAGCUCUCGCGAAAUGGAUCCUACCCAUUACAGCAAGUGCACUGGGGAUCCCCGUGAGAUCAUCGGGCUACGUCACAGCUUUGACCGUUUCUCCCGCCGUCAAAAGGUCAAACGAAGUCAAACAAACGAGCGGGUAUCUCCAGAAGAUGUUUUUCGGCAGCCAGGACUCGUUUGACGUUGAUACCGGCAUCCGAUUGCUACAAUAUGCUGGUCUUGCUUGGUCUGUGGUUGAUCUUGUUCCUUCUUUGUUCUCCCACCUCAACCUGUGAUAUAUGAUCAUUCCAUGAGCUUUUGAGACAUUUAAAUUUUAAAAUGUAUAAAAUGUAUUUUAGUAUUACAUGUACAACAUAUUUGGUGAUGAUAUUAUUAGUUAUAUUAUGAAGAUUUGAACCCUAAGCAUUGUUAAGUGUUUUACCAAUGUAACACUUGGGUUUUUGAAUGUAAAUAAAUAUUAAGAGCUAAUGAAAAUGGGAAUUUUUGUCU